AUGGCGAAGUUCGUCGAGUUCUUGGAGCCGGAUGUCUCAUCGCCGUCGGCGUACAACUUCACCGCGGGCUACGAUGAUAGCGACUCGCCGCCUGUCGCUACCAAGCUACACCGCCCCUCUGUCCCAUCUACGCAUUACGACGCUACCUCCACGCCUACUAGCAAAGCUAGGUCUCAAUGUGUGAGCCUGUACGACCACUAUGUGGAAAAGACACCGGAUGGGAUAUGCUACCCACGCCUCCUGCAAACCUUCCCCCGAUCAAACAAGCACGAGCACAGGGUUAACCGCAGGCCCCGUGACGUCUUCGAGAGACUAACCGACCAUCGCUUCUUCACCGGCAUACACCGUGAACGCUUCGAUGAGAACGGUAACGGCCGGGGACUCGCCGGCCGCGAGGACGUGUUCGUGUACGACGGUAACACGGAGUCGACUUCCCGGGUGCAUGAGGUGUACUCAACCGUCAUGAGACCGGCCCAUGCACGCGUGCUACCCAGGGGAGCUCUGGGGGUACAGAAGUACGGUGUACAAAUUGCCACGCCGAAGUUGAUGUGGCUGUAUCGCAAUGGGGACAAGUUUCAUGACGGAACUGCGUUCUACGUCCGGCCGUUCAUCAAGAACAUGGACGUGCUGCUCUUUAACAUGGGGAAGGAGCUCACGCUGAUCGCCGGGCCCAUCAGGCGCCUGUACGACCAGAAUCUGCGUCAGGUGAUGUCAGUGGAUGAGAUCGUCGACGGCGCCAAGUACCUCUGCACAUCAGGUGAGCCACCUGCACCCGCACACAGGCUCAAAAAGUUCAUGAGCGAAUGGGUGGUGCAACGGCUGGGACAUUGA